GCCCUCGCUAGAGGCAUGGCUUUACCUUGGUUGGUUUACCUUCUGUAAACGCUGAUAAUGAGACUGUUUAGAUUUAUAAACCUUUCUAUAUAGCGACAUACCCCUAUCCUCUUUCUAGACGCUAAUACGAAAAAGGAGGUUUUCACGAGGACGUUCAAGGUUGCGCCGCGCACCUACCGCUACUAGGCCGGAUACAGUAAGUAUUAGCCGAGCGCGGGAUAAAUGCCUACCUCUGCCAGCUCCCUUCCCCCAAUAACUACACCGCGUCCCGCAGAUUCUCUCUAUUUUAACGCUAUCCUGCCUUCGUCUUUCAUUAACCCGUCCAACUUCCACCUUUACUAAGUAUUUAGUUUUCUGAAGCGAAGAUGACUAAGAACCAACGCAUUACGCGCCCUUCUCCAUCCGCCAGCCCCACUAAGGACCACGGAAGCCUUCGUGGCCGUGGCUCCACGCACAGCCGCAGCGGGCACAUGAGAACGCGUGGCGGUCUUAUGACGGCGCGUGGCGGCCUCGCCACUAAUCCGUACCUCGCGAACGAUGCAGUCUCCAGUAACAAGGAGCUUCGCAAUGCCAACAACUCUCAGCUCGGAAACGAUUUCCAGCGCGCUUCGAUUUCAACUCUUUCCACCGGUACCCAGACUGAAAACAUCAGCGGCGGAAACCAGCCGGGCGGUUCUAACGAUGCAAACUCUUACAGAGCUAACCCCGGCCACGACCAGAGUGCCAACAGCCGCACUAACUGUAGUGCACUUGAGAAGCGCAUCGAAGCGCUGGAAGCCCUCAUGGAGGCUAGCAACUUGGCAAACGCCAUCGGUGAGGCGCCUACCAGCAUGAACAGUCCUGCCGCCAACGACGAGGCUUUCGAGAAGGGUGUUGAGCCUUUCCGUCACUCGUUUGGCAAGUAUGUUCUUGAUGUCCGUCGCGUCACUCCGGAGCCCGCGAGCAAGUCUGAGGGCAAAGAGUCUAAGCCUACUGUUGAACUCGAGCUAUUGACAGAAGCUCGUUCCCAGAAGGACGUUAUGGAUGCAUCCACCGAACCAGUGACUCCUGUUACCAAAGAGUCCAUGGCGUAG